AUGGAGCUCCUGCCGAACAUUUCUGGAACAAAACAUCAAGUUUUAGGAGACAUAUACUUCGGGUACCUCGUACCCACGGUACUCUGUGGCCGUUCAGAUGCCUUUCGUAGCGACAUAACAACAUUCUUAACUGAUUGGAUAGCAGUUGCAGUUGAUACAGAUUUUGAGACGUUUCUAAAGAAUCAUCGAGAUUUUGGAUUAUCGUCACUGGGUUCAUUCUUUCGUCAAAGAUAUUUUUCAAAAAUUCUAGCCGUCUCUCAUAGGGAAUCGGCAUACGACGUCUGGCAGAUACUUUGGGGUGUAUGGGCAGACAUUCUUAGGAGUGUAGUAUGCGAAACUGAAAAUCAACUAGCGACGGUACACAGCGCCGCCUGUAUAUAUUUAAUGUUUUAUUUGUACCACUGUCAAGUAGGACGAGAAAUUUUGCCAAUCCCACUUGCUGUCGACGUAUGCGCAGUGGCCUUGCAGCGUUUCUCUUCAUCCACUGUUCUAGAAGUAUUCUCUUUCCUAUUAAGAAGACGUUGCAUCUCUAUGUGCCUCAACGACGGACUACAAUAUAUUCCACAGGAUAGAUUGGGACGACCACUGGCACUUGCGGCAAAAGCACCAAAAACGGAAGGUUAG